AUGCGAGGCCCGCUGCUCAUGCUUGCGAUCUCGUUGGCUGUCGCAACAAUCGCGGAAGCGCAAUAUACGAGUCCGUUCCUAAUUGAGAUGAUCGCCACAGGUCGAUCCCAGUCCUGCUUCAAGUGCCGAUCCAGAGGUGACCGAGGCGACUGCAAGGACCCCUUCAUGUACAAUGCGACGGCAGCAGAAAAAGUCAAAGGCAUCAAGGUUGAGCCAUGCGCUUCAAAGUGGUGCGGGAAGAUCAUCGAAGGCAAAGAAGAUGAUCAAGAUUUCGCCACAGAGCGUCUCUGUCUCCAGCGACCGCCUGACGAUAAGGUGGAACGAUGCGCGGAUGUCGUGCAUAAACGGAAGAACGUUUUCAUGUGUUUCUGCAGCGGAGACCUGUGCAAUUCUUCGGCCAGAACCACGAUGUCUUUCAUCCACCUCGCGAUCGCUUUCCUAAUAACGAGAUUCCUGCUGUAGAAUGAUUACGAGAGAAGCCAAAGCAAUCUGAAUCAUGAGCAAUUAUUAUUGACAGGGCAUCGAACAUCAGAGCCUUUGCAUCUACGAUCGUUCUCGAACUUUCACCGUACAUAUGUAUUAAGUUAUUUCUACUGAGAGGAAGAAAAGGGAAUGAAACGAAUGCACCGAUGGAGCUGUGGGAUUGACGGAGCAAAGAUCAGGAUGCGGCCAGCCAAGACCUUCAAAAGCGCGAGCCGGGCUGCCAUGCUCAGAGGGUUUCGAUCCCUGUCGAUUCGGAUGCAACAGAAUGGUGACUGAAAACAAAUCUGGGAUCUCUGCACGCUUCAGCUACUAAAUAUAGGUACUCUCCCAUCGGGACCUCCUCCCCGCUCGCUAUCUCGUUUUUGAUGACACCUCGCUUCCCGUUACCCAGAAUCAACAAUAUUGAAGUUUGAUGUUAUCUUUAUUGCCUCUGCCAGCGACGUAGCCUCGGUCGUCGACAGCAUCGAACUGAAUGAGCAGCGGAGGGGAGCUACACGCGAUUGUUCGGAGUUAUCCUUAACCUUACCGUUUCAUCCGCUCCGCUGCUGUGCUUGUCUUGGAAUUUACUCGGAAUACUCUGAAAGCACCGAGUACAGAUCUGCGACAAUCAGGACACGGUGCCGGAUCAUAUCCCAGUGCUCAGCACACGUACCAUUCUUUGUAUGACAUGUAAUAGGAUACAGGCGCUGAAGCUGAAACUUCAAUCGUUGCGGCGUUCAAAUGAUUCGUAUACAUCGUGUAGAGUGUUUUAGGUAAAAUCUUCGGAUCCACUCAAGUACUCUCUCGGACUGCGCCGGGCUCCAUCUCCCAUAGCUUCGAGAAGACGCCGAUUCAUGCUCAUCCGCCGCGUCAGGCAAGCCUUGGGUUCCACGGUUCAAAUAAUUGGCACCCUAUACAAUAUUACAGUUUUCUGUUGAUCUGUUUGUUGUACGAAAUAAAAAAGAUCGAGAGAUCAAACCAAA